GACAAGAGGAGAAUCUUUCAGUACGUCUCAAGUCGGUUAAGUCAGUUGGUAUCCCGGUGCCCCGGACAUAAUGUUCUCCCUUUGCGUCUUCUCGACCCGUGGCUUUUCGACGAAACGCGCAAAAUAAAUUAUUCCUUUCUUAAAGACGAAAAGUUUACGCGACUUUGGUGUUUGCAGCAGGAAUUACAUGCAACAGCACAGUGCGAAUUCGAGCGAAUUAAGAAACUGACAGAUCGUAUGAUCGACGUCUCGUCGAUUAUCACAUCAAUUAAUUCGUAUAAGAUGUAACUUCUCGGGAAGCAAAUGUAUCAUCGAUAUCGUUGUAAAGAAUGUUUACGUUUUCUAAGAGAAAUUACGGACAAACGAACGCUUUGAUGGUCACUUUAUUGAAUCGAUAAAACAUAGUGACUUAACAUUGAAAUGACUUAGAAAAGGAGAAUAACAAAGAAGACAAGACAUUUAGGAAUUAUUUGAACAGACUCGGGGCAAAAUGAUCGGUGCAAACGUGGACCAGGAUGGUAACAACAUAAUAGCGUCGCAAUCAACGAAUCCUCAUGCGUCGCAAGAUUUCACCGUUUCACGACUUUUAUCGACGUCGACGAUGCAUUCGUUAGAGUGUCACGCCGAAGGAACGUCGACGACUGGAAGUAGGAGACCAAGAAGAAGUAGGACAACCUUCUCGGCGCAACAGUUGGCCGCAUUAGAAAGGGUUUUCGAAAGGACGCAUUACCCCGAUGCUUUUGUUCGCGAGGAACUCGCUACUAGGGUAUCUUUGUCGGAGGCAAGAGUCCAGGUAUGGUUUCAAAAUAGACGCGCCAAAUUCCGGCGAAACGAAAGAAGUUCGGCGCUUAAUCGUGGCACUUGUACAAGCAGAGAAUUGGAAACCACCACUUUACCACUUCGACCGAUAAGAGUAAGCAGUCACAUGCACGAAAACAAUUCGGAAAACAAUUCCUUCCAAGCGCAACAGCUUCCACAUUAUUCCUAUAGCGAAUACUGGAGAUCGCCUCAACAUUAUACCACCGUUCAAAGCAGUAAUUGUCACGGAUUUGUCAACGCUAAUCUUGGGAACGUACCUGCUCUACCGUCGUAUCAUCAAUCAGCAGAAAUUCAUGGUGCCGUCGAAGGAACGACUAUAACUGGUCUAAGCGCAUUGAGAUUGAGAUCGCAUCCUUACAGUACUACCUACUCCGCCAUGCACGCGAGCAUGUGA